CUCAUCCACACAAUCUCUGUGUUCUUCUCUCCAUCCUCCGGCAAGUUGUUACAUCGCGUCAAACGUCGUGCGUGUGAACCAUCACGACACGUCUUUUUUUUUUUGUUAUGUUAAGUGAUGUAAAGCUGUGAUUCACCCUCGAGGAGGAGCUUAUUUAGGAGAGUGGAGAGUCCGGAGGUGGGGAGCGCUGAGCGGUGCGUGGGGAGGGCUGAUAGGUGCGUAGUUUCCCAGCUCUGUCUUUCUUCCUCUCCAGGGUUCGAGGAUCUGUCUUUUUAAAGUCGCGCAUUGGGAGAACACGUUCAGGAUGGAGCGGAUGGAGUCAAUGGAGCCAAUCUCGGCGUGCUACACAACGGCAUACCCGGAGAUCAAUCCUGACAGCGGCUACGGCUCCGGAGAGAACACGGAGAACCAGGCAAAGACCCCACCAGCCCCGACCUAUAACGAAGACCUGGUGCACAAGACAAUCUUGGUUGGGGACAGUGGAGUAGGGAAGACAUCUCUUCUGGUUCAGUUUGACCAGGGCAAGUUCAUCCCGGGCUCCUUUUCUGCUACAGUCGGAAUUGGAUUUACGAAUAAAGAGGUAACUGUUGACAACGUAAAGGUCAAACUACAGAUUUGGGACACAGCAGGACAGGAACGGUUCAGAAGUGUGACUCAUGCAUAUUACAGAGAUGCACAUGCUUUGCUACUUUUGUAUGACAUCACCAACAAAUCAUCGUUCGACAAUAUCAGGGCAUGGUUAACAGAAAUUCAUGAGUAUGCACAGACUGAUGUAGUCAUCAUGUUGCUGGGCAACAAGGCUGAUAUGAGCAGUGAACGAGCGAUCAGGAGAGAUGAAGGAGAAAGACUGGCCAGAGAGUAUUCAGUCCCUUUCAUGGAGACGAGUGCCAAGACGGGAGUCAACAUAGAGCUUGCCUUCACAGCUGUAGCCAAGGAACUGAAGCACCGGGCUGUCCAGCACCCCAAUGAACCCAAGUUCCAAAUUCAUGAAUAUAUUGAGUCACAGAAAGAGAAGUCCGGCUGCUGCAGUUACUUCUGAAUCUCACAUUUAAAACCAGGCUGCAAAGGAGAUGCAGAAAGAUGAGUGGGAGGACCUCACCGCUGUUACCAAAAUACAACGCUGCCAUUCAUGGGGAGGGAAAGGGGGUGGGGGGGUAUCCACAAGUCUGUCUUCGGAAGAGUUGAGGAAAAUAAAACCAGGUAUUAGCUCGGACGAUCCAUAGUUUAUCCAUAUUGCCUUAUGAGGAUCUGUACUUAACUGCUGAGUAUUUUUAAGAGUGUGGGCACAACUUUAGACAAUUUAUUUCGAAGUUUUGAUGAUAUACAUUUUAACAGCUGCAAAAUGAACAUAUACAGCACUAUGCAGAAGUGUUCAUACCCCUUACAACCACAAACUUCACUGCAUUUUAUUAGCACUUUAUGUGAUAGACCAAGACAAAGACGUGCAUAAUUAUGAUAUGGAAGAAAAAUGACGAAUCCAUUUCGAAUUCUUUACAAAUACAAAUCUGAAAAGUGUGGUGUAUAUUUGCCCUGGACUUUGACUGGGCCAGUCUAACACAUGAAUAUGCUUUAAUCUAAACCAGUCCAUUGUUGCUCUGGCUGAAUGUUUAGGGUCGUUGUCCUGCUUCACGAUGAACCUUUGUUCCAGUCUCAAGUCUUCAGGAUUGUUCUGCAUAUAGCUCCUUCCACCUUACGAUCAACCCUGACCAGCUUCACAGCCCCUGCUGAAGAAAAGCAUCCCACAGCAUGAUGCUGCUACCACCAUGUUUCACCAUGUUUGGGGAGUAUGAGCAGUGUUAGUUUCCCACCACAAAUGUUUAAUGUAUACCAAAAAGUUCAAAUUCUACUCUCAUCGGACCAGAGCACGUUCUUCCACAUUUUCGCUGAGCUACGUGGCUUGUAGAAAACUGUAAACAGGGUUUCUUAUGGCUUUCUUUCAACAGGAGCUACUGUUCCAUGAAGGCCAAAUUUGUGGUGUGGUUUACUAUCAAUUGUCCAGUCAACAGAUUCUCCAACCUAAGCUGGGGUUCUUUGCAGCACUCCCCGGAGCCACCAUGGACCUCUAGGCUGCUUCUUUGUCCUUGCUCAGCUCAGUUUAGGUUAUAGUAGGACCUAUUGUAGGUCAUAGUAGGUUUGCAGUACCACCAAUCUCUUUCCAUUUUUUUGUCUAAUAGAUUGAAUAGUCCUCCAUCAGAUGUACUAGGUUUGGGAUUUUGUUUUCUAAGCUGACCACAAUGCUGUGUCCUUGGUCAUCGUGAUGCUGUUUCUUCACUGAUGUUCUCUAACAAACCUCUGAGGCCAGAAACUAAACUAGCUGGAUUUAUACCAAGAUUAAAUUACAAAUAGCUGGGUUUUAAUUAUAAUUAGGUUGGUUUCUGAACACAGUUGGCUGCAUUAAAUAUGAUUUAGGCAUAUCAGAGUAAAGGAGUCUACGUUCAACCGCAUGUAACACAAGAGAAAACCACGCAUCAUUUUCCUUUCACUUCAAAAUUACUCACUUGUUUGUUUUGAUUCUUCACAUAAAAUCCCAUUAAACUAAAGGGACAUUUUGUGGCUGUAAUGUUAUAAAAGGAGGGAAGUUAAAGGGGUAUUGCAACUUUUGCAAGAUGCUGCACACAGCCAGAAGUCUAACAUUUGGCACACUAGUAGUGAUGGGAGGAUGUACAGUAACACCAGCCUGUGUGGAUCGCAAGUCUCAAGUCUAACUCCCAGUUAUCUAAACCUGUUCAUUUCAUUGAAAAGCCAUGACAGAAAUGAAGCAUUUUAUGCACUUGUAGAUUAAUAUGAUACUAAUAUUACCAUGGAUCACCGUGUAUUAGAAAUUUGUAAUAUAACCGGUUUUCAGGUGUCUUCUUUUAAUGGUUGUCUAUGUAGACAAUGUUUUGCUGUACUUUUGUUGUUGUUUUAAAUGCUGCUAGUUAUAUUGCACGACCUUGACAGUGAGACUCUUUUUGCCAACUUUGUGUUAUUUUAUGUGUUUAAAAAUGCAAAUGCAUUAGGAACUAAGAGAAACCAGCUUCUUGCUGCGAAUUUCAGACAGAGAAAAACUGAAUGUUAAGACAGGGACACAUUAAAUUUAAAAAGCAUAUAUGCAGAAUAAUUUAUAAAAAAUGCCUGUUUAAUCUUGAAAGAUUUUUUAUGAGCAUAUUCUUAAAAAACAAAAUUUAAAAUGUCUUGAAUUUAAUUAAGUUAAAUUAUCUAAUCCAAGACGUUUACAUUGUUGUUUUUUCUAACAUUCAUAUCCAUCUCUUACUUAAAUCCAUUUUGUUCUAAAGACAAUUAUUUUUCUAAAACCAGCUGGAAAACUUAUGGAAAUAUGGAUUUUCACAGCUGCACAAAAAUUCAAAGCAAAGUGCCAAAACAGUGUUUCUGACUUGGACUAAAUUAUUUUUACGUAUUGAUCUCCAUAAAUGACAUUCAGUCACUCUUAUAAGAACAGUUUAGGGACCCAACAAAGAAGGGUAAAUUGUCUCUAUUCAAAACAAAACAGGAAAUUAACCAUUCUUGUGCAUGUUCUAGACUUGACAGAAUUGGAAGAUAUAAUACAUUAGAAGGCUCUUGACAAUGAUCAGCUAUUGGAAUUCAUUUUGAGUGUCCUCUGCUGAGACCUUUUGUACAUACUGUAUGUAUUUGUUCUAUAAGUGCAGCGAACGUACUUUGAUCUUUGGACAUGCUAACUGCAACAAACCUCCAAACACCACUGGCACAAUCACUGAAUUCUCUCGAAGCAAAUGUAUUGUACUUUUAUAGCUAAAUUUGAAGUUUGAUCCUUCUGCAUGUAGGGUGGAUUGCAUGGGCCAUAUCUGUGGGAUUUCUCUUAAAAAUGUAUGUCACCCAAAAAAAUUUUCGUUGAAAAUGAAAAUAAAGAUAGAUAAUUUACAUAUUUUGAGUAAAAGCUCAGUGUAAAGAUGUGUUUUAAAAUACAUGACUUAAAUUAUAAGUCUAGUGAACAUAAAAUUAUAACUUUUUCUUACUUGUGAUAUAGCGGUGAUAUAAAGCUACCUAACCAACAUUUGUAUGUGGUACCCAUGUGAGUUUCUAAUAGGCUGAAAUGUAGGUUUCAUACGACAUUAUCCGCAUGUUUAUUAUGGUGUGUUGUUAGUUUACAUUACAAAACCAUGCACAGAUAAAUGGAUUACAGAUAGCUUUAGGUUUUUAGAAGUUUCUGUUUCCACACAUACAUAUACAAAGUGUUAGAUAAACACUUGUCUCACUUAUGGGCUGAAAGGUGGUCCAGUUGUUACCACUGUUGUCUUGCAGCAAGCAGGUCCUGUGGUCACAUCCCGGUAUGGGAUGUGGGAGGAGGUUUUUGUGUGGAUUAGGCUUCAAUUUAUGAUGUAUUUGUAAAGUUCCCCAGAACUAUAGAACAGCUUUAUUCAGAUUUUCUCUUAAAUGAAAACUUGAUCAAGUAUGUGUACUAAAGCUAAUGUUUGCUGCAAGCUGCUGUCUGACAUAGUGGAAUUAAAACACAGUCCGGUCCAUGCAAUGCUGAACACACCUAACCCUGCCUUGGUUUGCUCAUAUGGGUGAAUUAAUUGGGCUCUAGAUAAGAAACACAUAAUCAUUUUCUGUUACAAGCCGUACUUCUUUUUAGCCCAUUUAUAACACACAGCGAUGCCACAUACAGAGGAUGAUAAAGCUACAUAGUGUCCACUAGUCAUCUAUUUGCUUUACUAGAACUACAUCUGGCGGCAUGUAUGGUCAGAGAGGCAUUACCACAUCUCACACUCAGAAUUAAGCUCAGCAACGCUACCCUGGGAAAUUCACCCAGGGAAUAUUACCCAUUGUUUAUUAUGACCCUUGGUCUCAAAUGAGCUGAAAGGAGCUGAACUGAUGUACAGGAAUCUUUGCAUCAACGUCGUAUUUCAAUGUGAUGGUUAGUAAAGCCUUAAAGAAACAGUGAUGUCAAAACAACACCUCUGUGAUACUGCAUUACAACGUUUAUGCAACUCUUUUUUCCUACAAUGAUAUGCAACUCAUUUUGCUCAUUAUUUCAAAUUAUUCAUUGAAUGUCUGAAUGCAUUGGCUUCGUGGAUGCUUCAGAUCUGAUGUGAUGUGUGCAGAUUUAUUUCUUAUGUCUUGCUCAUGCAGCCAAAAGUUGUGUUUGAUGUGUUGUUUGCUGCAUCAAAAAAUAAAUUAUUUUUAACCAAA